GAUAAUAAAUUUUGAUGAAAUUUUUGAUAAAAAAUUCAAAUAUUCGAUACGAAAUUAGUUAUAUUUCGCAAAUUUAUCCCCGAACCGUUGUGUUAACGUAAAAAUUGUUUCAAAUCACCAAACACUGGACAGUUUUCUAAGCUUGCGCGUUUUUCCAAGAAGAUUGAUAAAAAAUUUUCGACGAAGAAAAAUCGUGCAAACUGAUGUUAGUUUUCCCUUAGUUUUCCUAUAGUUUCACUUUUAAAAUAGUGGUGAUAUGAACUGAAAGUUACGCAAUUAUCUGUAUUGCGAUGUUAUUUCUCCAUUAUGUUAGGUAACAUCGCUUUCCAUUGCGAUUCCUUCGUAAUAUAAACUGUGUUUUCAUACAUUAUCAUCGAAUAAAACUCUGAAUACAUUCCAGACAUGGCUUCUACUGCCAAAGGAUCUCAAAUAUCGACAUUCGGUAAAAUAUUCCGUGUGCUGGAGAAGAACUGUGUACCUCACCCGUACAGUAUCAUCCUCGAGCAUAGGCAGCAAGAAAGCGCCCUUUUAUUCGAAUCGAACGCUAUAGCAGUUCUAUCUUCGCAAGAAUUAGAAUCGGUCAAACGUCAAUACACUAAAAUCCAAGACGCAUACGGUUCGCUCGGUAUACUACAGUUCAACUCUGGCGAUACGACUGUUCUGUUUCUGGUCACUAUCACAGCCUGUGUAUCGGUGGGUAAAAUCUACGAGCACGAGAUCUUUAGAAUAACUCAAACUUCGUUUAUUUCGUUACGAAAUCAUCCCCAAGAUGACGAACUGGUCUCUGAUAUCAAAAAGUUACUCAAUUCCGGCACCUUUUAUUUCUCUCGAAGUCCUACUGGAAAUAAUACGUUCGAUUUAACGUUAUGUGCGCAACGUCAACGUAAAGGAGCUCCUACGGAUAAUCGUUUCUUUUGGAACCGUAUGUUACACAUUUACUUCAUCCGGUUUGAAAUAGACACGUCAUUAUGGUUAUAUAAAAUGAUGUGCGGUAGCGUUGAAAUUCGCACCGUUUAUAUAAGACAUAAACAAGCCAGAGCUGUCAUUAUUUCACGCCUGAGUUGCGAACGAGCCGGUACUCGGUUCAACGUUCGAGGUUGCAACGACGACGGACACGUUGCCAAUUUCGUGGAAACCGAACAAGUAAUAUAUCUAGAUAACAAAGUAACCUCUUACAUACAAACUAGAGGAUCAGUGCCGCUAUUUUGGGAACAACCCGGUGUUCAAGUCGGCUCCCAUAAGGUGAAAUUAUCCAGAAGCGUGGAAGCCUCCGGCUCAGCGUACGAUAAGCAUUUCCUAAUGCUGAAAAGACGAUAUAACGAUCAAGUUAUCAUUAAUUUACUCAGCUCCAGCUUGACCGGUAGUCGAGAAGGUGAAGCUUCGUUGAGUCAGAUGUUCCAGAAUCAUCAUAAUAAUUCGGAUCAUCGCGACAUACCUCACGUAGUCUACGACUAUCAUUCGGAAAUUCGAGGAGCUAACAAAAGCUUGAACAAACUCAGAGAUCAGAUCGACUGUUACAUCGCUAAAUUCGGAUUGUUUUACGCGAUAGGCGACGAUAUCGUAUCCGAACAACGAGGCACGUUCAGAACUAACUGUCUAGAUUGCCUGGAUCGAACCAACUGCGUACAAACUUUCAUAGGAUUGGAAAUCCUAACCAAUCAAUUGAAGCUGUUGUGCGACGAAGAUAACACGCAACAGUUCCAAUCCAGAUUCGAAGAAGUUUAUAAACAAAUGUGGAUCAAUAAUGGUAACGAGAUUAGUAAAAUUUACGCCGGAACUGGAGCCAUUCAAGGCGGAUCCAAGCUCAUGGACGGUGCUCGAUCGGCUGCUCGAACUAUACAGAAUAAUUUACUCGAUAACAGUAAACAAGAAGCCAUCGAUGUGUUUCUACUGGGUAACACGUUGAACAGUGAUUUAUCCGAAAGAGCCAGAAUGCUUCUUUCUACCGAUACUCUUCACGCCAGCACCACCAUUUUACGCGAAAUGUGCAAACGGUUCAACGAAUACACGUACACGGAUAAAAUACGAGUCGCUGUUGGUACUUAUAACGUGAACGGCGGUAAACAUUUCCGUAGUGUUGUCUACAAAGACGUCUCGCUAUCCGAUUGGCUCCUGGAUACCGUUCAAAUCGCUAAAACUAAAUCCUUAAUCGACGCUACGACUACAGACGAUGAUGAAAUCCCUGUCGACAUAUUCGCCAUAGGUUUCGAAGAAAUAGUCGACUUGAACGCCAGCAACAUUAUGGCAGCGAGCUCGGAAAACGCCACUUUAUGGGCCGAAGAGUUACAAAAAGUGUUAUCACGAGACUAUCCUUACGUUCUGCUCACGUACGUUCAAUUGGUAGGCGUUUGUUUGUACGUAUUCCUUAAAUCAGACCUGAUACCUCAUAUAAAAGACGUGGCAACCGAUUCGGUGAAAACAGGUCUCGGCGGAGCCACCGGUAAUAAGGGAGGUGUUGCAAUUCGAUUCGUUCUACAUUCCACUUCAUUAUGCUUCGUAUGUUCGCAUUUCGCCGCUGGCCAAUCUCAAGUCCACGAGAGGAACGCCGAUUACGCCGAGAUAACCAAAAAGAUCGCUUUCCCGAUGAGCAGAACGUUACAAUCGCACGAUUACGUAUUCUGGUGCGGUGAUUUCAAUUACCGAGUUGAUAUGGAUAAAGAAGUCAUGAAAGACCUGAUACGUAACAACAUGCUGGACGACGUGCUCGAAAAUGAUCAACUAUUGCAGCAGAAAAAAGAAAACAAAGUGUUCGAGGAGUAUCUAGAAGGCGAAAUAACUUUCCCACCGACCUACAAAUACGACCUAUUCUCCGACGAUUACGAUACCAGCGAGAAAUGCCGAGCUCCUGCGUGGACCGAUCGAGUAUUAUGGAGAAAACGUAAAAUGUACCCGGAAGAAGACCAAACGGACGAUUGGAAUCCGGGUAAAUUAAUCCAUUACGGUCGAGCCGAACUGAAACAAAGCGAUCAUCGUCCGGUCAUCGCCAUCUUACAGGUAGAUAUCCGUAAAGUGGACUCGCAACGUAGAGAUCAAGUAUUCGAGAACGUACUUCAAUCAGUCGGUCCUCUCGAUGGCACGAUCGUGCUACGAAUGCGAGACUCCAGUCUGGAUAUAUCGAGCGUAUUCGACGACUCGUUCAUGGCGGAAUUGCUGCAAAAAUUAUCCGUCUUUGGUGACGUAAUAUUGGUGAGAUUCGUCGAAAACGUCAUGUGGGUGACGUUCAACAACGGUCGUUCUGCUGUAGAGGCACUUCACAGCGGAGGCCUCGAAAUCAACUCCCACCAGUUGGAAAUCACGCUGAAAUCUCCCAAUUGGAUACAGCAGACUAUGAACGAGAUUAACAUCUGUAACGAUAAUACAAUCUCGCUGUACGAAAGCGCCGAUUUGAAUAUUGACCCGAAAUCUCUCCAGAGACCCGAUAAACGCCCCGAUAAUAAACCACCGCCAUCCAGACCACCGGCUCCGAUUAUCAGACCGAAAGCCGGAGUGUUUAGUAUACCUGCCAAUCUACACCAGCCUUUGCAACCCACUGUCGUCGAUACCACGGCGGAGAAAUUAGCCGACAAGUGUAAUAUCGCCGGAGAUCAACCACCUCCUAUACCUCAGCGCAAUUACCCUUCUUCGUCGGCUAAAUCUCAAAAAGAGCCUAGUGAAGCGCCGCCUCCUGUGCCUGCUCGAAUGGGAGCGCCCCCGAUACCACCGAGAUAAGUGGAAAUCAUCUUGGAAGUAUUUUUUUUACGUUGUGUGUAACAUAUCGGAGUUUGAAGAUUUCAUUUUUAUAUUAUGGUAUUAUGUUUACUUGUUUAAAUUUUCUUUUUAGAGCAGAGAUGUUUCUAAUCUGAAUUUUUUGGAUUUUUUUGGAGUAGGGAGAAAAGAAGAAGACUUAUUACGAAUUCGAAAACUAAAUCGUCUGAACUGAAGAUCAUUGAACCGAGUUUGAAGUAUUUUUAUACGAUUUUUUUUUCAAUGCAAUGGCCCAAAAAUUGUGUACAAAAAUUCAGUUUUUAAAAAAAUGAAUCGUUGAAUGAAAAAUCUUGACAAUUAUUUUUUCAUCGUAAAACUGAAACUAGCUCGAAGCAUUAGAACACACGAUACAUAUACCUACUAUUACAUGAAUUAUGUUUAAAAAUAUUAUAUACGUAUAAAGAAUAAAGUUUUUACUAGUCACACGUAUAUCGUUACCAAUAAUGAUGCGUUAUUAUUUAGUAUUAAAGACUGUGAGUUUAAACGUUUUAAGUAUCAUGUAUUAUAUAGACCGAUAUCUAGAGCGUUUUUUAUUAUAAUAUUAAUCCUCUCUUCCUUCUUCAUCUUUAUUACCAGCUCAGUUACAAUACCAUGCUGGAUUUUUUUUUCCAGAACCCAUCGACCUGUUGUAUAUUAUGUAAGCACACUUUCAAUUAUACAAAUUAUUCGCCAACACGGUCGAUGACGAUAAAAACGAAUCAGUUUUUUAUUUGUUUUGUUUUCGUAGCUCUAAUUGACAGUCUCAUUAAAUAUUUCGGCGCUUAUUCGAGUAUAAAUUAUAAUUGUUAUUCGUUAAAUUAUGCAUACCAUGAAUUUGCUAUCGAUAUUUCUUUUAAGUAAAUAAUAUUCACAUUUUAAUCUGUUACAAAUGUACGUACGUAUUAUGUAUUAUGUCUACAAUCAGAGUUAUUGUUUUUUUUUUUUUUUUUUUUUUUUUAAAUAGGUGUUUAGAAUACCUGUUGAGAAUUCGUUCAUUAUUUUAUUAUGUUUCCAUUUUACCAAUACAUACUAAGUAUCAACACAUUUUUAUACACCAUACUAUAUACAUAACUCGAUCGAAUUCGAAGAAAAAAAAAUAUACCGUUUUAGCUUAAUUAUUCUUAUAUAUUGUUUAUUCGUGUAUUUCGUUCGUUGUGUAUCUCAUUUAUUUUCAAGUGUUGAACAUAAUUAAUUUUGUUAAUGUUACCUACCUAUUUUUUUCUCGUAUUUACCAUUUUUAGUAGAAUAAAAUUCCCAUAAUACUCUCAUGUUGAAAUAAAAUUCAAACUGGUAAAGUAAUUUUGCUUAUGCGAAGCUUUUAAUAAAUUGUUACGCUUUAAUAAUUA